AUGCUGGUCGGGCCCUGGGCGGACUUUAUGGACGGCCGCAGACGGUUCCUGCACGACCGGUGUCCUGUGGACGACUGCUACCUGUACAACAACUACAACGACGUCCAGAGGAGCACCGAGUUGGCUGCCGUCGUCUUCAGAGGCGGCUACAGCGGGCCUUCGCUGGGCUUCAAGAGGAAGCAGGUGUGGAUCCUGCAUCUGCUGGAGAACCCGCUACACACGGAGUAUAUGGUGGACGAGGGAAGAGGCAUCGACUGGGUCGCCAGCUACCGUGCCGACUCGGAAAUCGUGACGCCGUACUCGAAAUUUGUGCUCUACGACCCGCGAGUGAAGCGUAUCAGACGCGAUUACAACUACGCCCAGAACAAGACCAAGAUGGCCGCCUGGUUCGUGUCGAACUGCGAAACCACCAACAAGCGCCUCGAGUAUGCGCGCAAACUAAGCGAGUAUGUACAGGUAGACAUCUAUGGCGCAUGCGGACCCCAUGAGUGCUCGCGGUCGCAAGGCAAGAGGUGCGGUGAGUUGCUGGAUAGGGAUUACUUCUUCUAUCUCUCCUUCGAGAACGCCAACUGCAAGGACUACAUCACCGAGAAGUUCUUCAACGCCCUCAAACGUAACGUCGUCCCCGUGGUGAUGGGCGCCUCCCGCGAGGAGUACCGGGCCGCGGCUCCGUACCACUCGUACAUCCACGUGGACGACUUCGCGUCUCCCAAGGAGCUGGCCGAGUACCUUCGCCAUCUCAGCAGCAACCAUUCGCUGUACAACCAGUACUUCGAGUGGAAAGGCACCGGGGAGUUCGUGAACACGUACUUCUGGUGCCGGCUGUGUGCCAUGCUGCACGCGCCGCCACCACCUGCGGAGACACGGCGCACCCUGGAGGUGUACAAGUGGUGGAAACACAAUGCGUGCACGACGGUGGACAGUUCACGCUGA